UUGGUUUUUCUUCGAUUUCAUUCUCAUCCGAUGAUCUCAGUAUCUUCAUUUGUAUUAAUGUGAAAAAAAUUUGAAAUUGUCACAACAUACAAUUACAUUGUGACAUUGUGAGCUAUCAAAUUCAAAAAUCAAUCAAUCACAAAUUGUCAUUUUACCUGGCCGAAAAAAAGUGUAUAAAUAACAGAAAGAAAUUCUGAUAUGGAAAUCUCAUCAAUCGUUUCAUCAUUAUCAUCAUCAUCACCAAAAUCAUCAUCGAUGAUUUUGACAGCCAAUCGAUAUCGUUUUAUUCAUAUAAUUGUAUUUAUUUGGCUCAUAGCCGGUAAUUUAUUCAAUGUAAAUGAUGCACGUGCUUGGAACACCAAUACAGCAGCAGGUGUUACAGUCUCGUCUAAUAACAUUAACAACAAUAACAAUCAAGCUGAUGUUGCCGAUCAAUCACAAUCAUCAUCAUCAUUAUCGGGCGAUAAUAAUAAUAAUCUAAGUCAAGAAGAAUUACUUUACAGUAUACGACCUGCUGCUGCUGCUGCUGCUUCAUCUGGUGCUUCAGCAUUAACAAAUUCUGGUAGCAUUGGUGGUGGUGGUGGUGGUGGUACAGAUGAAACUAUUCGUAAUUAUCGUUCAUCCAUCGAUACCAUACGGUUAAUGUCACCAUAUGUAUUGCAUAAUUAUCUUGCAUCACGAUUACAAAGUAGCGAUUAUCUUGGAAAAAGAAUGGGUUCAGAAUUUUUGGGUAAAAAACGUUCAAUAAUUGCUGCAAUACGACGACCAUCGUUUAGCAGUAGCUAUUAUUUGGAUAAUAAUCAUCUAUUAUCUGGACAGCAGCAACCAUCGCAACAGCAACGACAACAACAACAACAACAUUAUUAUUAUCAGCACCACAAUUAUCGAUACUAGCAUCACCAUAUUUUAUGGCACAGAAAAAAAUGGGAUCCGAAUUUCUUGGACGAUGAUGAUGUAUCGAAAUUAUCAAUCAGCAAAAAAAUGAAAUUAAAAUUGAAAAAACAGAAAAAAUUUUCUUUUUCUUUGUCCCCCAAUUUACCCGAAAUCACACACCAGACGCACGCAUACACACACACAAUGUAUUCUAAUUUAAAUUUGCCAAAAAAAAACCAAAUUAAUCACUAAACUACUACUACUACUACACCUGAAAGUUUGUCAAUCAUUUCUUGGUGAGAAAAAUUGAAUUUGUUUCAAUCACCACCACCACCAUCAUCAUCAUCAUCAUCAUCGUUGUAUUGAUUAGUUUUGAAAAUACAAAUUUUAUUCAUAAAAUAUAAAAAAAAUGAUGAACUAGCAAUAGCGCCAAUAAUAAACGACGACAAAUCAGCAAUAAAAUUUUUUUUCGUUUUGUUUCCAAUCAUCUCUUAUUCGCCAUUAAAAAUGUCAUAAUCUCGGAAUAUAUAUUAAUGAUAAUUGAUUGAAUUUGAACUAAACUAAAAAAA